AUGGCAAGCUAUACCGGCUCUAUCGAGGCCAAGGACGUAGACAUGCAACUGGGAGAGAUAUCGACCACUGCCCUUAGCAGUGCGGACAACAAGCGAGUUCUUCGUCGCAUCGACUACUGCAUAAUCCCAUUGAUGGGUUUCUGCUACAUGUUGCAAUUCAUGGACAAACUGGCUCUCAGUCAGGCCACUCUCCUAGGCCUCCGUAAGGACAUUCAUCUUCAUGGCUCUGAGUACUCUUGGUGCUCUGCUGUGUUCUAUUUUGGCUACCUGGCUUGGAGCUGGCCAAGUUCGUAUUUGAUCGUUCGAUUUCCCACAGGAAAAUACGCUUCUGUGAUGGUAUUCAUAUGGGGCGUCAUCCUCAUGUGCCAUGCAGCGUGCCAAAGCUUUGCGGGAUUGAUGACUGCGAGAUUCUUUCUGGGAGUGGGAGAGGCUUGUCUGGCUCCUGCAUUCGCCUUGAUAACGGGCAUGUUCUACACCCGUAAAGAGCAGCCGAUUCGUCAAGGCGCGUGGUUCAUUGGUAAUUGCAUCGCGAACAUGUUUGGCGGUCUGAUCGCCUAUGGAAUUGGGAACAUUACGACUUCUUCUUUGGAGACCUGGCGUCUUUUGUUUCUCAUCCUCGGAUCCGUCACAUCGGCGUAUGCGAUCGUCCUUUUCUUGUUCCUCCCGGACUCGCCACAACAGGCUCGUUUUCUCAAGGAACAGGAUCGGCAGAUCGCCGUUGCCCGCACACUGGCCAACAACACCGGUGUCCUCGACCAGGACAAAUUCGUCAUGGCACAGCUAUGGGAGGCCCUCCUCGAUCCUCAGACGUGGGCUCUGUUUCUAUACACGGCCUCAGUGAAUAUUGCAAACGGCGGCUUGACAAGCUUCGGCGCUAUUGUGAUUGCAGGGUUUGGGUUUUCUGAUCUCAAAGCACUUCUGAUUCAGAUGCCUAUGGGGGCCACCCAACUGGUCUUUUUGGUCUUGACCUCUGGGCUCGCCAGUUUCCUUCCAUCGUCACGGAUCGCCCUCAUGAUGUUCAAUACUCUGGUAUCCGUGGCUGGCAUGGCAGUGGUGUAUGCGACCGAAGGAAAAGCCUCACGUAUGGCAGGCCUGUGUCUGGCCACAGCCUUUGCAACCAACAUCCCUCUCACGUUGUCCUUGGUUAGUUCAAACGUCGGGGGCUUUACCAAGCGCUCGGUCACCAGCGCCUCGAUCUUUGUAGCAUACUGCACGGGAAACAUUAUCGGCCCAAACCUGUUCAAGUCCAGUCAGGAACCAAAGUACCAGGACGGACUCAUAGCCUCUGUCUCGGGCCUGGCACUUGGCGUUGUCUUCUUGGCCACUCUGUUGUUAUAUUAUAUCUGGGAAAACCGCCGUCGGGACAGAUUGGAAAACUCGCAUUCGCCAUCGACAUCACUUGGAGAGCAGCCCGGCGAGAUGUCGAACAAGACGGACAAACAACUCACCUUCAGUCGAACCGCGGAACCGGCUUCCACUCCCUCCAGCACGGCUGACACAGCUCGACCCCUGAUGGAAGCCUCACCAGCUAGUGACGAACUAGAAUCACUGUUCUAUUCAGGGCCCGAAUCAGGGCCCAGUGUGCUUGGGCACGGUGAGAAACAAGAUGGCGAUCCGAGGCUUGUCUCACCAAGCAGCCAGCAGAUCAACGUGGUCUACAGCGCCAGGACUAGCUCCCCCCGAUCCGCACUCUCGACCAGCCAUAUCCCUCUGCCAAAUUCGUUAAUACUCUCUCAGCAGGAUUGUGAGUGCUUCCAGUAUAUUCCCGAUUCAUUCCUCGUCCAGUUCAUCGGGAAACCAUGGCAGUGGAGCAUGCUUUCCUACAUUCACUCAAGGAUUGCGAGUUACGAACAGGGAGUCAUGAGGGCGUUUAUUGCAUUGGCUUCUGUGGAGCUUCGCUGUAGGUAUGUAUCUCAGUCUGGGGAUCCUGGUGGCGUUGAGACUUCACGGCAGCAAGAGAUGCUCGCUACCGAUCAUUACCACAACGCCCUGGGAGAUCUAUCACGUCUUGUGGAUCGAGCCUCGCGGCCGGAGAGAACUGAACAGGACCUUGAUUCUUUGUUUGCCACGUGGUUCCUUCUCCUCUGGGUUGGAUACUAUAAUGUCGAGCUGGCCCGUGCCUCUCAGGUUCACCUGAGCGGCAUCCGCAGCUUUCUCCUGGGAGAUGUCCAUGGUCCUACAGGCCAACUGUGUCUUCCACCGGCAUCACAACAACUGCUCUAUUUCAUCUCAAUGGUUGAUACGAAUCUUGCACUUGGCAACCUAGGCGUGGGCCAACUGACGCAAGAUCUUUUGAAGGCCGAUUCACACCUGCACCAAGAUCGAUUGUUUCAAGCAGCGCGCACAUGUCUCCCAAGGAUGUGGGGGCCGGAGUACCCUGCGGAGCAGCUACUGGAUGAUCUCGAGAACUACCGACCGCUGAGCUUUAUGCAGGCAUGCGCCAAGCUUAAGGUGGAGGUGUGGACUUUGGGCAAGGCCUUGAGGAGCGUGGCCGUUGACCAGAGCAGCCUUGACCAACUGUGGCAGAAGAUAAAGCGCGAUGGCGAGGCGUUCAUGGAUGUACUCACAGUGGCUCGGAUCGCCACGAACACAGGAGGACGCCGAGUCCUGUGGACAAUCUACCACGGUGCACUCGAAUAUUAUGCUAUCCAGAUAUUGUUCUCUUGUCUGGGUGACUGCAAGGAUACGUUUCCUUCUUGGCUUGACAGCACCUUAACAGAUCUCCUAGGGAUCGCGUACAAAGCAAUAGGAGAGAAGCCGAUCAUGAUCUACCGAUACGCCUGGCCUUUGGUCAUGGCUUUGAUGAGGAUCCGCGACCCAAUCCAUAGAGAAUGGGUCGCUACGCAGGUGAAGCAAGCAAGCGUACUCAUUGGAAACCUGGGAAUUCCCAGGGAUCUGUUCGAAGGGAGUCCGCCGACGACAGCUCGCUCUUUCGGCCCUCCGUAUCAGGGUUCUGAGGUGCAAGAACAAUAA